AUAUAAUUAAAUGUAUCUUCCGCGAAUAUGGAAAUCUUACGCCUAUGCAUUGUGACCGCUGACUUCUCAAGUUACGGGUUCCUGGAGGGGAUUAGGUGGAGCGAACGCACAGUCCCCUUGCCCCUCUGUCGGUUCAAUUUGUCGGUGCUCGGCAACUUAGCUGCAACGCACAGUACGCCAAAUCAAAAACUACAAGAACACAUAUUUUGGACCCGUUAAUUUUUAGUCCCCUAAGACGAAGUUUAACCCAAUAAACGCAUAGAUGGUUUAAAUUUCGCUCUCAAUUUACAACCAACGAUACAAAGGUCCUCGACAAAUAUUCGAGAUAUAUCGUUACAACAGAUCAUCGAUAAAUAUUCCCAUGGCAUGGUCGCCAUACUAUUCUAGCCAUGUUCACGUGAUAACAUUUCACGUUACAAUAUUGUACAACAUAGAGAGUAAUCGCACGCGACGAGUAAGGUAUAAAAAUAAAGUUUAAUUAAAAGUGCAAACACGGGUUUACUUUAUAUAUCCCCUGAAAGUUCUCCCACAACAGAAAUUCAAGACCCCUCGAAAACAAAGGGCAUGUCUAGUCUUGUCGGAUUGGAUCUGUAGUCAUUGGUAUCGACCACUAUGGAAGUUACUAUUUUAUUGUGUUGCGUGAAAUUUAGCUGAACUUGUAAUGAACUUAACUAUUAUUACCUAAUUAAAUAGUACUCGCGAUUAUGUGUUCUUAAUAUGACUGAUACAGAAUUUUGUAAUCUUUUAUGGCUAUGAUUAUUAAGAACUUCAAUAGACAGGAAACGUUUAAAGAUAACUUGCACUUAACCCAACAUCUUUAAUCGUUGGAAGUGUUUAUAAUUUUCAGAAAUAUACUCUAUUGUGGUAUAUAUAAAGAUCAUACAGUAUUUUAGCAGAUACCUUGUUGUACGUAUAGUGGACAUGGAUAAAGAAGUUCCUGAAGAAAUGCCUGAAUCAAGCAUGAUGUCCCAAGAUACAACUGUUUUGAAUGAUCAACAGAGCAUAUUGGAAGUAAAUAUUGAUAACCAUAGUAAAACAUCUAAUAAAAGUCAUUGUAGCGACAUGACGGAAGAAGAUAUUGUAUCUGCUGAUGAUACAAAUAUAUAUAAUGGUUCUACCACCGAAGAUUGCAUUACGGAGUCAAAUGCAGAUAGUAUCGCAGCUACAGAUGAUUUAAGACAGUUUGAUGUUCUGGAUGAUUUAGAACGACAUCCGGAUCAAAAUUGCUCUGAUAUGGAUUCGGAUACAAAUGAAAGUAUGGAUUCUGAUGUACCUGAUGAAGAAAUCGAAGCCAUGCUUGAAGAAGGUUUACCAGAAGAAUUUAAAGGCAAAAGAAAAGACAAAAAGGAUAGUGUACCAUAUGAAGAAAAAGAAAAAUUGGUCUUGGAUGAAAUUGGACAUAAUCAUUUUGACGUACUCCCAGAAGGUUGGGUACAGGUAACUCAUAACAGUGGAAUGCCUUUGUAUUUGCAUAAACAAAGCAGAGUUUGUACUCUUGCAAAACCAUAUUUUCUUGGACCUGGGAGUGUAAGGAAACAUGAAGUGCCUGUUAGCGCGAUACCUUGUCUUCAAUAUAAAAGAGCUCUUCACGAGGAAGAGGAAGAAAGGAAAAAGCAGAAGGAACGAGAUCCAAAUGCAGAAGUUUGUAGUCUUCCUAGUGCAAAAAUAGAAACAAUUCAAGAAAAUCGAGCAGCUCAUUCGUUAGACAGUGAGCAACUACGAAAUUAUUGUCAAUCACUUUUCCGUUUCAAAGCUAUCAAAGUAAUGAGGUUUCAAUCAUGGUCAGCCAGAAGAAAAUUUACAAAGAAUAAAAAACAUCGUAAGCAAUUGGAAAGACCCACUUUACCUGAUGGAACUAAAUUAAUAACGUUUCCAGUUAGUAGUUCUAAUCUAGCAGGAAGUAGUGGCAGUGCAACUGGAGAUGACAAUAGUGGACAAAGACCACCAAAGCAUUGGAUAAUGAAUCCCUCGGGCAAAAGUUAUGUUUGUAUACUUCAUGAAUAUGUACAACAUGCUCUUAAGAAACAACCAACUUAUAAAUUUAAAGAAUUAGAAAAUGCUGCAACACCAUAUUCUGCUGUUGUUUGUAUUAAUGAUAUGGAAUAUGGAAGUGGUUUUGGUAGCAGCAAGAAACAAGCUAAAGCAAAUGCUGCACGAAAAACCCUUGAAAUAUUAAUUCCUCAAAUGAGAGAUAAGAUUUCGGGUGAUAACGGUGGAGAUACAGCUUCCGGUAAUAACAGUCGUAUGAUCAAAGCAUCCAGAGCUAAUUCUGAUGCAGAUUUAUCAUUCUUUGAUGAAAUAUCCAUUACCGAUCCUCGAGUAGCAGAAUUUUGCGCAAAAACAACUGAACCAUCGCCGCAUGCUAUUUUAAUAACUUGUCUUCAACGAAAUUAUGGUCUCGGUGACAUGCAUAUUAAUUAUUCGGUGAAUACAUUAAAACACCAACGUAAUGAAUUCACAAUGCGUGUUGGGAAACAUGAAGCUACUGUUGUAUGUCGUAAUAAGAAAGACGGCAAACAACGAGCGGCACAAGCUAUUUUGCAACUUAUGCAUCCUCAUAUUCAAUCUUGGGGUUCCUUACUGAGACUGUACGGAUCUCGAAGCGUAAAGUCUUUCAAAGAAAAGAAACAACUAGAACAAGAAAUAACGUUGUUACAAGGUAAAGCUGCGGUAAACCAGCCAAAUCAUGCCAUUUUAAGUAAACUUAGACAAGAAAUGCGAAAAUUAGCUGAACAAAGACAAGCAAUACAACCUAUUGGUAAGUUUGUACCACCAGAUUUACCAACUGGAUCUGCAGCUAACUUAAACAACGUGGAUUUAUAACAUACUAGUCGGCUGUACAUUUUAUUUUUAAACAGAAACUAUACUUUGAUCAUUUGUUACAGUAAAGAGAAAAAUAAUUCUUAAAUCAUGCUGAUUCUUGCACUAUUCCUCUUUUAAUAUUUUAAUACUUUAAAAAUGAAUGUUGUAUAAGCAAUUAUUAAUGAUCUAAUCUGAUGCUGGUGCGAAAUAAAUGGAAAUUAAUUCUUUGAGCUGUAAAUUGAAAAAAAUUGAAAUUUGUCGUCUUAUUGUUAGUUUUUAUGCACCAGGAUAAUAUUAUAAAGAAAAUACAUUAUACCCUGUCUAUACAAUAUUUGCAAAUGAGACUCUUCUACUCUUUAGACCGUGUACUUACAGGGUGUUCGGUUACGGGUGUGUAUCCUUUGAGAAGGUGGUAGUUUGAGUCAUUCUGAACAAUUCUUUCCUUUACUAAAGUGCUCGUUAAGAUUUAGUUUUUGAAUUAUUAAUAAAAAACCCCAACCAAUCAGAGUGCGCAUAGUGCACAAACUAUUGGGCAUCUCGUCAAACUGGAUUCGUAACCGACACUCCCGCGGCCAUUCCUGCCCUGCGCACUAUGCACGUUCUGAUUGCUCAGUGUUUUUAAUUAAUAAUUCAAAAAUUAAGCCUUAAUGAGCAUUUUGGUAAAACAAAAAAUUGCUCAGAAUCACCCCAGCUACCGCCCCCUCAAAGGAUGCCCAUUCCUAGCCGAACACCCUGUACAUAUUUUCAAAAAUAAAGAAGACAUUAAUAGUACAUUUCAACAAUUACUAAUUAUGUACAAAACAUUUUAUAUAUGAUUAUUGAAAAAAUAGUAAUUUAUAGAACAUAAUCGUUUAUUUCCAAACAAUUAAUUACAGUUUCAUAAAUAUUAAGGCAUAAAACUUGCAUAUUAUCAACAAUUAUAAUGUAUCGGGGAAGUAUUACAAUUAUUCUAAUAAAAUUACUAAUAGACUUAAUAGAAUAUACAUAAAUUGUUCGGUUAUACAUCAACUAAUUGUUUCUUAUUAAAUUGUUUAAUUAACAAUGUGUUCUCACUUUCUUUGGCACUGGUAUACAAUUUUUUCGUGAUAUUACUAUUUAUGAUACUUUGCUAAUUACUAAUAUUCAACAAUGUAAAAACAGAAUUAAUACAAAUAUUGAAUUAUACUUUUUUAAAGCUUGAUCUUUGAUAUCUGUUCAAAAAGAUAACAUUAUAUAUACUUUUAAGGUAAUUGAAAAUGGUUUCUUAUUACUUUAUACCGAUUACGUGAUGUUUCAGUAAAAAAUACAAACAUUGAUGUUCAUCAUUUAUGUACUCUAAACUGUAGAUCUCGUGCUCUCAAUACAGCACAUAUUAUAUCUAAGUUAAACUAUCAUUUGUUUAAUAAUAUGUUACAUGAUAAAUGUUUUUAUAUAAAUGCAUUUAAUAUUAUAAAUUAUUCACUUAUACUAUACAUAAUAAUAAUGUGUUUAAAUGUAUGGAAUACAGAAACUAUAUUUGA